AUGACGGAGGGUCUUGCAGAGUUCAUCGUCCCAGGCAUUUCAAAGCCUUGCCAGACUUGGUACAAGGUAGUCGGCGACCUCACCACGUCUCAAACACCUCUGAUCGUAUUACAUGGAGGGCCAGGAGCUUGUCACGAGUAUCUACUUCCAUUGGAAGAUCUUGCGCCAUCUAUUCCUCUUGUUUUCUAUGACCAGAUUGGCAAUGGACUAUCAACUCAUUUGCCAGAAAAAGCUGGCGAUGAAGCAUUCUGGAGUGUCAAACUGUUUCAAGACGAGCUCGAUAAUCUUAUCAGUCAUUUAGGAUUAAAGGAUCGAUUCAUUGACGUCUGCGGACAUUCAUGGGGUGGAAUGCUCGCGGCUGUAUGGGCAUCUGAUCCAGCGAGAUCGAAGAACCUCCAUCGCUUAGUCAUCGGAAGCAGCCUGGCUAGUAUGGAAGCAUGGAAGAUUGGCCUUGAUUCACUCAGAAAGCGACUUCCAUUGGACAUCCAGAAGGUCUUGGACCGUGGUGGUGACAGUAAGGAUUAUGAGAGCCCAGAGUAUGAAGCUGCUUUGGAAGUCUUCUACAAGCGACAUUUGAGCCUCACGAGACCAUGGCCAGCUCCUGAAGUCCAGGCUGCCUUUAAUUGGUUUUCAAAAGAUCCGACGACGUACAGCACUAUGUACGGUCCUUGCGAGCUAGUUCCCAUAGGAAAUCUUCGUAACUGGACAUCAAUUCCAAAUUUGAGCAAGAUCAAAGCACCGACACUUCUCAUCAAUGGAGCAGAAGACGAGGCACAGGACAUCGCAAUGCAACCAUUUUUUGAUCACAUCGAGAAGGUUAAAUGGAUUGUCUUGGAUAACGCGGCACAUUUUUGCCACGUUGAUCAACGAGAAAAGUUCAUGAAACAUUUGAGAGAUUUUCUCGUAGACGAAUAG